AUGACCAUUCCUUCCAGGCUCGGCGACGAGCGCCUGGCGCGGAGGGUCUACUCCGCCGUUGUUCGCAAAACGCUCGCCCACGGCACCACAACGGCCACUUACUUCGCCACCCGCCAUGUCGGCUCGACCAAUGUUUUGGCCGACACGUGCCUAGAGCUCGGCCAACGCGCGCUCGUGGGAAGAGCGUGCAUCGCCCACAUCGCCUCCAUCGACCCGGGCCAUGCCCUUGUGAAGCCCAUUAUCACGCCCCGCUUCGCGCCUAGCUGCACCAGCGAGGCCAUGCGCCUCUUGGGCGACCUACAAAAAGAGACGAGUCUCCCCAUUCAGACACACGUCUCGGAAAACCUGUCCGAGAUUGAGCUGGUGCAGAGCAUGUUUCCCGACAGCAAGAAUUACAGCGAUAUCUACGAUUCCCACGGCUUGCUCACGGACAAGACCAUCUUGGCGCAUGCCGUUCAUGUUUCCGAGGAAGAGGCCGCGCUCAUCGCCGAACGGGGGCCAAACCCGUCCGUGCUGGAAAAUGCCCGGCAGGCGAGCUUAGUGAGCCGACACGUUGCUAUGGGCCUCCCCGAGGGCCCGGACAAGGAGGCCGCCAAGCUUACCGUCGAAGAGGUGUUGUACCUGGCUACCAGGGGCGGUGCCCUCGUCGUCGACAUGGCGGACAAGAUAGGAGGCUUCGAGGUUGGCAAGGAGUUUGACGCCAUCCAGGUCUCGCUGGGCGUCGUGGAUGAAGACGGCGUCUCGAUGGGCGAGGGCAAUGUCGACAUUUUUGGGUGGGAGAACUGGGAGGAGAAGAUUGCCAAGUGGCUGUUCAACGGCGAUGAUAGGAACUCAAACUACGUCUCUCCCACCUGCCAAAAUUCGUUCUUGGGACUCGCACCCGUCGAGUCCGAUUCCUUGAGCUUUCUUGAAUUCACACAAUGGACCAACAUCCGCCAUGGGUGGCACGCGGAUAGUCUUGAGGCGGAAUUGGCGACCUGGGAUAUUCGCACCCCAUCGCACUCAUUCGCCAAAGUUCACGAAUCCGCCCACCACCGUCUUCCUUCGACGAAACUGGUCCUGGUCCGGCCGCCCUCCGUCGAACCCGCCCACGAGCCGACACCACCCCACGCCCCCGACCAAGGAUGGGGCGGAUCGCGCAUUCUGCCGCGCGCAAAACUGGAGCCACGCUCCGAGAAUGACCUUGCUCGCUCCGCAGAAGAUGAGGCGGCGAAGCGGCGAGAGGAGGAGGAUAUGGGGUGGAGCAGGGACGCCCUCCAAGCUUUUCUCGCCGAUAAAGGCUCGGCCGCGGUGCUGGCGCGCUUUGAAGGAUUGGCCGCCGCACAGCUGCAUACCAAGGGACGGGCGGGGACCCUAGUAGAAGCUUUUAAAGAAAUGCGUGCUCUGGGGAUCCGGGCUAGCCCUGCUUUCUACGGCCUGGCGCUCGCGGGUCUUGCGAUUCACCCCGACUACCUUCUUCGUGCGACCAUUCUCGAUGCGAUGCGGAGUGACUGGGUCGAAUUCACGACCGACCACAGGGUCCAUGUCGUCAUCGGCAUGCUGCGAGACGGACAGUAUGAGAUGGCGUUUGACGAGGUGGAAGACCUCGUUUCCGAAAAGUCCCGGUCCCCUACUGGCUUUUCGAGAUACUCGUAUUCACCUUUGGCAAGGGCGAACAGAUGCGCCCCGGCCUCCUCAAACCUUUUGUACUACAUGCUCGACGUGUGCAGCGCCGCCUACCACUACGCCGGCACCGUGCACUUUUGGCAGGUCGCCGUGCGGGACAGCGGCAUCGUGCCCUCGGACGGCACCCUUUUGAACGUGAUCAACACGGCCUCCCGCCACGCCGAUCCGGAACUCGCUCUGGAGGCCCUGCGCGUGACCACGGACCGAAAAGUCCAGCUUUCCUUCCAGCACUUCGAGCCCGUCAUCGAGGCGUAUGCCGGCCUGGGCGAGCUCGACGGCGCGUUCCGAAUGCUCUGCGUCAUGGAUAGCGCUGGCUUGCGGCCGGGCAGGGACGCCACGAGAAGCGUUUUGGACGUCUUGCGGGAUGCGCCCGAGCGGGUGGACGAGGCCGUUGGGAUCCUCCGCGAUCUUUCCCGGUCCUAUCGUGUUCCCAUCGCGGCGAUCAAUGUCGUCCUCGAGGCGCUGUGCUCGUCCGGCAACACGGCCGCGGCGGAGACCCUGUACGAAUCCUUGCCCUCCAUCACUCCCGACCCGCCGACCGUCACCACCUUUCACCCCUUCCUCACCUCCCCGUCGCCACCCGCCCACAUAUGUAUCGCCGCCAUUGAAUCAUUCCCCAACCUUACCCUCUCGCCCCCGGAGCUCGCAAGCCUCGCCGUACAUCUCGCCCGCCCUUCUCUAGACGCUGCGCUCGCCUAUCUCUAUCGCAUAGACGCCGUCUAUAAACCUUGGCGGCACCAGCAGCAGAAUCAACGUCACCCCGCCCCUGACGGAGUCGGUGUCGGCGUCGGCGUCGGCGUCGGCGUCGGCGUCGGCGCCGCGAAGCCUGAUGCUUGA